UGGAUUUCUGGGUUCUUCCAAAAGUGUUAAUGCAAAUGAAUUCUCAAGUUAAUUUUUCGAACAUAUCUGCCAAUCUCAACUCCAUCCUUGUCCUAAAUGGUACUAACUUUAAGGAAUGGAAAGAAAAUAUUCUAAUAACUUUGGGCUGCAUGGAUCUUGACUUAGCAUUAAGGGUAGAGCAACCCGCUUCUCUUACGGAUGCUAGUACCCAAGAGGAAACAAGGUACUAUGAGAAGUGGGAUCGCUCGAAUCGCUUAAGUCUUAUGAUCAUAAAGCGUGGCAUUCCAGAAUCCUUUAGGGGUGCUGUAUCCGAUGAGGUUACUAAUGCCAAGGAUUUCCUUUCUGAAAUUGAGAAACGUUUUGUUAAAAGCGAUAAGGCGGAAAUAAGCAUGUUGUUAAAAGACUUUACUUCCAAAAGGUAUUCAGGAAAAGGAAAUAUAAGGGAGUAUAUUAUGGAAAUGUCUUAUAUUGUUUCUAGGCUCAAGACACUUACGAUUGAGAUAUCAGAAGAUGUUCUCGUACACAUAGUCUUGAACUCUCUUCCUAUUGCAUUUGAUCCUUUUAAGGUUAGUUAUAACUGCCAAAAGGAGAAGUGGUCUCUUAAUGAGCUCAUUUCAUAUUGUGUGCAAGAGGAAGAGAGGAUGAAACAAAAUAAGAUAGAAAGUGCUCACUUGGCUAGUACCUCUAAGGAUAAGGGUAAAAAGAGGAAGAAAACUCCCAUUAAGAAUGAAGCUGCUAAAGGUACAGUACAGAUGAAACAUAAGGAAGGUGAAACAACCUGUUUCUUCUGUAAAAAGGCUGGACACAUGAAGAAAGAUUGUACCAAGUAUCACGCCUGGAAAGUGAAGAAAGGGUUGUCUGAGCCACCGCAAGCCAAAUGAUGUUGAAAGAUGUGUCUAUGUGGGAGAUGGCAAAGCGGUGCAUGUGGAGGCUAUUGGGUAUUUUAGAUUGUUAUUAUCCACCGGUUUCUAUUUGGA